AUGAACUAUCUGCUACACCGCCACCGUAGCCCCGCUGCAGUCGUACCGAUCCCGGAAGGUCUCGAGGAGCUUAUGGCGGAGAUAAGUCGUGAGGUGCUGCGCGCCCAACCGCCGGACGUUAUCGGUUUCAUAGCGGACUACCUGGAGGAAAAGCUGGUGCGCCGCGAGAACCGUCGGCUGGCGGAGAAAGUCGUCGACAACGUUCUCGACCUAAGCCUCGACAUCGUGGCCAUGCUGGAAGCGGUCGGGAUCGAUUCGGAACGAGCCGAAGCUGCGAUGAGGCGCAUCCGCGAGGAGUUCCACCGGCACUUCGAAACGAAACCGGACGACGAGCGACUGCGGGAGGUGUUCCGCGAACGGGAUAUCCUGGAGCGACUGAUCAAUGAGUGCCGAUUUAGCGAAACGGAAGCACGCAAAGCAUCGGCGAUCAUCGAGCAAGCAUAUAGGACGUAUUACUACCGAAACGCGUACAAGGGCUCGCAUCCGCCGGCGAAGAAUAUGGAUUGGCAGCAGGCGGCGAAACAUUCGUUGAGCAUCUACGCCCAAUGCCGGCCCACGAAGGAGGAGAUGGAGGUGGCUGCCGGACGCAUACAGGCUGCCUAUCGGGCAUAUUACACUCGAAAGCGGGAAGUGAUGGACCGACAGGCUGCGGUCAUACAGCGUGCGUUCCGAAGCCAUCGGAAUAGGGUGCAUGGACUGGCAGAGGACGAACUGACGGAUGGUUUAUCUCGCGAAAUCCUGUUGCAGGAGGUUACGAUAACCGAACAUCAAUCGGCAACCAGCUACUCUGCGUCUGAAGCAAUUCUUCGUUUAAUCCAAGAUACCAUUGGUGAUCCACCGUCGAAAGAUGUGCAAGAGUUAACGGCGGUUAAGGCCGGGCCUAUGAUGGACGAGGAUGAAGCCGCUACACUCAUCCAGUCAGUAUUUCGUGGACAUCGGAAAAGAGUCCAAGGAGCGUCGUUAUCGAAAUCCAUGGACAACGGCCCAGCGCCCGAAGGGAUCCACGAGGCGGCAACGUUGCUCCAAUCGACAGUUCGGGGCCACUUGGCGCGCAAGAAAUUGCAACAAGAAGCGACAAGAAACAAUCAAAUGGCAACACUGCUGCAGUCCCACGCUCGCGGCUAUCUGGCCCGCAAGCGACACUUACGAACCCAUCCCGGUGACGAUAAUUCACCGAAGAGCUGCUAG